AUGGUAAUUUCGACCUUUCCUCAUCGGGAAGAUAGGGGGUGCUCCUCAAACGCCGCGCUCUGCGACGUUGCUGAAUACCUGGGUUUACUGCAUUAUGAGUGUAUUAGCGAUACGGAAAGGUCGCUAGAGAAGCUCGAAAGAGCUGUUCGUGCCACAAAGGUUCGAUACCACUGGGUAGACAAUACGACUCCACCUAACAAUACUCGAACAGAGGCAGCAGAUACAAAGAAGCCUGCUGUCCUCAUCUCGAGCGACGAGGAUUAUCUUGACAACCGAUCGGCACGGAUUCCGAUUGGCGAAGACGAAGACAACGAAGGCGUAUUCGGUCCUUCGCCCGCUCGUCCGCGGGCCUUUCGUCGACUUCUCAAACAGCGUCCUGGUUGUUCACGGUCGGGAGAGAUCAAUGAUGCCGCCGCAUCCGCAAUGAAACCCGAGCAAGACAUUAGCCUCGAAACUAGGUCAUCAUUGCCUCCAAGCCCGGAAGCUGCGCCCUAA